CAAACUUGGCUUCUUCCUCUACUGUGUUGCCCAUGGCUUGCUGCUAUUGUCGUGCUCAGUACAUGGCGAUGGACCUAAUGGUUCUCUCUCUCUCUCUCUCUCUAAGCACACACACAAACAUAUAUGAGCUUCAUAGUUCCUUGUCUUUGAUGGGUUCUUUCCUGUUGAGCUGUUUUACUGAUAAUUCCCCAUUAUCCAUAGACAUCAUUUCUAUAUACUAUCUAUCUCAUAGAAACUCACACCUAAAUCAUCCAUCAUUUGCAGUGAAAGAAGACGUACUUUUCCAGGCCAUGAACAGCUACAGAAAGUCCAUAAAACUUACCCCCAUGAACAAGAACUCCAAAGCAGACUGCCUAGUCAAGCAAAUCGCUUGGGACUUCGACGACCAGUCGCCCCUCAGCAUCUUCCUCAGCGGCUCCACCAUUGCACCAAGCAACUUCUCCCAACUACCUAGUCUACCCGACUACCUGUCCAAAUGCAAAAUCGAGCUCAAUCACACAAAAAAUGGCCUGAUUUUGCCUCUCCAUAUCCCCACUUUGGCAUUGAAUCUUGUUCUCCAUGAAUGCACAAAUUCCCAAACGGCUAAGUACUGGAGCAAACCCGAAUUCACGUCGGUCGGAAUUGGGAGUUAUGAACAAUGGGUAGUGUUCGCUUUUGCCACCGAUUCGCCUCCCGGAAGCUUUUCUUCUGCCGUGAAUUUGUCUGAUUUGGGUCUUCGACAUUUUCACUUGGUGUCAUCCGUGCUGUUGGGGUUGUUUCUUCUCUCUGGUUGAGGACCGUUUUCCUUUGCAUCUCAAACGACAUGUCGGUCGGGUUCUGGAAAUUUCAAGCAUCCUGCCACAAUAAUUACAUUUUUUUCUUUAUUUUGAGUCACAAGUGUUUUUCAUGAAAUAACUAUCUU